CCCGCUGGGUCUCUCAGGGUUUGUGCCGCCCUUGCCGGGGGAGGUGUUGAAUGCGGUCGGUGCCGCAGCCCCAGGGGCUGUCCCGCUGUCAGGGUCGGGGAUCUCCGCAGGCCUGGAAGGCUCCGGCACCGUGGGAAGCUCCUUCCGUGCCCCGUUCUGGGCAGUGCUGUUCCUGGAGGGCUGCUGAACGCGUGUGAAAUGGAGAUAAGGUCCCCGCUCCCCACAUCAGCUCCCGAGCUUCCUCUGCCGCGGGAUGAAUCCCCCGGGACAGUUCUCCUCGGUGGGCAUGGCGGAGGGCCGGGUGCCACGCCAAAGCUUCCCUUUUAAUUAAUUUCCACUUUAUGCUGGAAAUACAGAGCGAGAAAGGCGUCCCUGCCGUCACCACCCCCUGCACACGCUGUGCUGGCAGCAGAGUCCCGGCCUCUCCCUGGCCCAGGGCAGGGCUCACGUCUGGAGCACCACGGCAGCUUCUUUCUUUCCUUACAUUGCAUCCAAAGGGGCUGACGGAGGCUGCUGGGGUAGUUUGGGCUCCAAGUGCUCUUGAAAAAUCACACCCUGGUGGCCUGAAAGCAAGAUGUGACUGGAUUUAUUUUUUUUUUUUUCCACGUUAGUCCAACAACUUAGGUAUCUUUUGAGCUUUUCAGCCUUCUUCCUGGGAAAGUUUCAUUUCAAAUGGGAUUAAUAUGUGUGCCUAUUACUGCUGUUACCUGUCGUAGUUGCUUAGCUUGCAUUCCAUGGCCAGCUGUGAGAUGCUACAGCCUGCAGUGAACGCCCAGGAUUUCCCCCUCCUUGCCUGGCUGGCGUGAGCUGCCUUAGCACUCAUUCCUCCACCCUGCUGUGCCAUCUGAACUUGUCUGCAGUUCCCAGCAGAGGGCGAUCCGUGACACACAGAGUCAGAGGAACAGCAGCUUAAACUCUACUCCCCCCGUGACUGCAGGCAACCGAGUUAAAUUUGGUUCAGCAGAUCUGUGAGCCCUGCUUUGAUGACACUGUGAUGGCAGUAAGGCAUUAUUCAGGAUGUGCAAUAUAGUGCAGAAAUCAAGAUCUUGCUUACAACAGACUCUCCUGAAGCAAUGUGUGGCUUGAAGCUCACUGAAGGUUUGCUGCUGCUGUGGAAAUGGGGGAGUAUGGAGUUGUGCCAGGGCAGCGUGUGGCCAUCAUCUGGGACAGCACUCCCCCGGCAGAAGCCCUGAAGGAUCUGGUGGAGAGAAUCCAGGUGCUGGUGGGAACUGAGAACCGUGUCUGCGUGGAAAACAUCAACCAGCUGUGCCAGUCGGCUCACCAGGAGUCCAGUGUCGAUGUGGUUCUCUCGGGUGUGGUGCCAGGCAGCACCGGGCAGCACAGUGCCGAGGUUCUGGCAGAAAUAGCUCGGAUCCUGAAGCCGGGGGGACGUGUCCUCCUGAGGGAGCUGGUGGUGACAGAGUCAGGAAAGAACAGCAGCAUCAAGACUGCAGCUGAACUCCCCACAGCUCUGACCCUUUCUGGUUUGGUGAAGGUGAAAGAGCUGCAAAAGGAAGCACUGACUCCAGAGGAGGCACAGUCAGUCCAAGAGCAUUUGGGUUACCAAGGCAAUGACCUUCUCCUUGUCCAGAUAGAAGGCAGAAAGCCCAAUUUUGAAGUGGGAUCCUCAAGUCAGCUCAGACUUUCUCUUGGCAAGAAGCCUUCAGGUCCUUCAGGAAAGGCCUCUGUGGAUCCAUCUGCUGCCAAGCUUUGGACACUCUCUGCCAAUGAUAUGAAUGAUGAAGAGAUGGAUUUGCUGGACUCUGAUGAGCUGUUGGAUUCAGAGGAUUUGAAGAAGCCAGAUCCAUCUUCCCUCAGAGCCCCAUCCUGCAAAGAAAUGGGCAAAAAGAAAGCCUGCAAGAACUGCACGUGUGGUCUCGCUGAAGAGCUGGAACAGGAGAAGAGGAGCUCACAGCCCAAAUCUGCCUGUGGAAAUUGCUACCUGGGAGAUGCGUUCCGCUGUGCCAGCUGCCCCUACCUGGGGAUGCCUGCCUUCAAACCUGGGGAGAAGAUUCUUCUGAAAGAGAACCAGCUGCAUGAUGCCUAACAAAGACAUCUUGGGAUGUCCUGUGAAGGACUUCUCUGCUUUUCCAUCAGUCUGAGGUUCUUGCAGUCCUCCUCAUCCUCAAAAACUCAAGUUCUCUGGCCAAUAUUCCUGCUGGGGAGGGACACUGCUGUGAGCUCAUAAUUUGUAAUCAGUUUUGGGCUACCAGAUAAUCUUUGGUGACAACUGGUGUGGUGUUAGACUGUGUUAGACUUUGCAUUGCACUUGGUUUUAGCUGGCUUGCCUUGAUCCUGGGACACUGACCAUCAUCACGGCUGUCCCACCAGCAGAGGGGAGUAGAAUCAAGUGUCAGGCUGACUUCGGGUGCCUGUGGCAGGGUCUGUUCUUCUCCCUGCCUAUGUAGUACAGCUGUAAUUUGCCUUGGUUUCCCUGAUGAAUCAGCAGCUCUGGCUCAGCUCUCCAGGUGGCUCUGAGCUCCUGCCCUGCUUGAAAUUCGAACCAGCAGCUCUUUACCCCAUGUUGCAAGCCAGGAGCUGUGAGUACACUUACCAGUACCUACUCUUUGCAGAUUAUGUGAACUCUUGUUCUGGUAGGCACGAUGAAUUUCCAGGUGCUUUGCGUUCCUGCCAUUGAUAUCCCCUGCCCCCACCCAGUUCCAUCCAAAAUGACAGAGUCCCACUGAGAAAACUCCUACCCUUAAGGCAGGGAGCAGAUUUAAGGAGAUGUGUCUUGUCUCCCAGACCCUUUUGUCUUGCAUGAGCUGGAAGCACAGAAUGGCUUAGGUUGGAAGAGCCCUUAGAGAUCAUCUGCUCCAACCUCCCUGCCAUGUGCAGGGAUGCCUCUCAACUAGACUAAAUUGCUCAAGACAAGGGAAAGCUGAGACUGUCACCUCUCCUGGUGGUUACCAAGUGAGUUACCUGCAGUGCCCAGUAAGUAAGAACAUAGCAAUAACUUGAUUUCUAGGUGAUCUGUGGUCACCAUCUGCUCCUGCUCUGCAAGAUACUGGUAGCUGUUUAUUUGUGUAAUUAAUAGUGAAGCAUCUUCCCAGGUGUUAGAUGCAGGAGCUGUUGGAGGGAGAGGAGGCAAAGCCAGUGUCCCAUGCUGCUUUGUUUAGAGCUCUUGCUCUGCAGGAUGCCACUGCUUGGUGUGCCGAGUUACACACUUGCCUCAUGGUUGGAGCUGGGAUGAAAGGCUGUUCUUGAAAUAAAAGUGACCAGUAGUAAAGUAUGUGUUUUAAGACUGA